AGGACGAGCGCUUGGUUGACAUUUUAGCACUGCAUCAUCAAGACUGACGUGGGGAAUACGUGGGCAGAGGGUCGAGCCAUCCACUCCUACCAUAAUUAGUGACGAGUCUGACUACGUAAAACUUUGUCCGAUGACCAUGGACACAGCGGUUGCGUCAUCACAGCAGGAUGGAAGUGUUGAUUACUCUCUGUCUGAUGAAGAACCAAGUCAGAGCGAAUCCAACUCACCGACUGCUGUACUUACUCAGGUUUCCGGAACAGGAGACUCCGCUGGCAUGACAGUGGUGCAGUUACCUGUUGAGCAGACAGUUCAGGUCCAGGCUGUCAUCCAGGCUCCUCAGGCCUCUGUCAUCCAGUCACCACAGAUGCAGACUGUACAGAUCACCUCUAUAGCUGGGCUUGAAGGUGGGGAGUCGGCAGUCACAGACACACAGAAAAGAAGAGAGAUUCUCUCAAGACGCCCAUCUUAUCGAAAAAUCCUCAAUGAACUAUCAACGGAUUCCUCUUCAAUUCCAAGAAUUGAGGAGGAGAAAGCUGAAGAUGAGGUUCCACCCUCCAGUGUCUCUUCAGUUCAAGUUCCAACUUCAAUCUAUCAGACCAGCUGUGGCCAAUACAUUGCCAUCACCCAGGGGGGAGCCAUCAAGAUAGCCAGCCCAGGCAGUGAGGGCCUCCAGGGUGUACAGUCGCUGGCCAUGUCCAACUCUGGUACCCAGAUCCUGCAGUACGCAGCCCAGGCAGGGGACUCUGGCCAGCAGUUAUUCUCUGUGCAAGGUGGCCAGAUGGUGAUACAAGCUGCCACUGGAGAUAUGCCAGCAUACCAGCUGCGUUCGCCCACAUCGGGCCUACCCCAGGGCCUGGUGAUGGCUGCGUCCCCAGGCUCCCUGUCCAUGCACAGCCCCCCGGUGCACACUGAGGAGGUCACACGCAAGAGAGAGGUCCGCCUCAUGAAGAACAGGGAGGCUGCACGGGAGUGCCGCAGGAAAAAGAAAGAGUAUGUCCGGUGUCUGGAGAACCGCGUGGGCGUGCUGGAAAACCAAAACAAGACCCUCAUCGAGGAACUCCGAGCAUUAAAGGACAUUUACUGCCACAAGAACGAGUAGCUCAGUAGCUGUACUCAGCCUUGUGCCAGGAGAGAGAGAUCCUACUAAAAUGGCUCAUAUAGUUCCGUUUACAGACUGAAUGCUCUAAAAGACUGGAACAAAAACUACUUUCACUGUCUCCUCCGCUUUUUCAGGCCCAGUCACUUUGAUACUGCAUCAGAGGUUGUCAGGCGGCCAUAGGCUUGUGCUCUCCAGGCACAAGUCAAGUCUUGGUCUGGCCCAGGGCCCCUGUCUGUCCUCACUCAUGCGCUUGCAAGUGAAUAUACAAGUGUCGCCCAGACGCGUUUUGCUUUUGCUAUUUUCAGUGAGGCAACCAAUGAGAAGCCAGCCUGCAGAGGAAAAGGAAGUACAUGUGCUUCCUGAAGGCACACCGCUCACCACCACUGACUCACCACAGUGGAGAACCAAAAGCUAAUGACCUGCGUUAGAGCCUCAUUAUCAGCCAGCAAGUUUGUGCAAGCAGACUCACCAGCAAGCCAACCUACCUUAGCCUAAGUGCCAGUCUGUUUAUGCUAUCAUGCCAACUCCUUGUUCCUUAUUGUCAUGUUUGGCUUGACAAUGAAACCAAUCAAGUUGGCAAGAGCACCAAUAGAUCUAGGACCAGGCUAAACCUACCCAUCUUUACUUUUCAUUGCUAGCUCGAGUUGUUCUUAUAUUACUAUAUUUCUAUUCUCAUCUUGGCUGUUGUCAACAUUCCUUUGUGAAAUGAGAUGAACCUCUUCUUUCAGGACGAAGUGUGACGAGUAAAUACACUUUCUACAUAUUGAAGUUUUGGAAUGCUGUAUUUGGCCAUUUGAGUCCAUUCAAAAAUGUUUUUGACUUAAAAACGGUUGCAUUGGACCUUUAUCUCCAUAGCAACUAAUUCCUGGGCUACAAUAAAGUACCUUACUGUGAUUGUUUUCAAUUAAAGUGGUCAAAAAUAAACCAACAUUUGCUUCUUAGCAAAGAGCUAUUUCUCAAGCAAGAAUUUAGCUUGGGCUGUCUGGGAGUGGUAUGAGCUGUUAUUGGCAGAGAGGUUUGGAACGCUCUUUCUUACAGGUCUAUUAACUAAUUUACCACCAGGAAGACCAAAACACCAUCUCACAAAAACAGGCUGAAAUUUCAGAUGUUUUUUUCAAACAGCUCUUCCACUAAAAGGGCAUUUAUUGUCAUUUAAAAAAAAAAAAAAAGAAUUCACAGUAUUAUUCCAACCUCAUAGUUUUGAAAUGAUUUUAAAACACAGGCAAAUCUAGUUUUUGACCGCACUGGGCCUUUUAAUGUGUUACUUGAAUUAAUGUGUAAGACCCAGUGUCAAGUAUCUAACAUGCUGACCAAACCUCGCUUGUGCUGUCAAAAAGCAUUAAACAUUUUAUGGCAAUUUAGCUAGCUAACUUGCUGCUGCUAGCUUAUUUGUCCUGGGAUAUAAACAUUAGGUUAAUAUUUUACCUGAAAUGCUGAAUGGUCCUCUUUACCUGAAAGGUCCUCUACCAAAUUUGUUUCUCCUCAUCUCUCCUCCUUCCUUCAGGCUUCUUUUUUCUUCUUGAGACUUCAUAUGGAGGUUGGAAACCAACAUUACUACAACCGACCGGAGUGUGGACCUCAGUUCAUCUUUCAAUCACCCACAUGGGUAUACGCUCCUAAAAUCCAAUGAGGAGAUUUGAGAGGCAGGACUUGCAGCGCGUUGAGCGUCACAAAUAGAACCAAGUUCUAUUUUAGCGCCCGGCUACGCAGUUGCUCGCUAAUGCGCGCAAUGAUUGAAUGUCUUUUUACUUGAUGUGCUCUUUUCAAAUGGCACAGUUCAAUUAAAAAAAUAAACAUGACAUGCCCCUCAGAGGAAUUUAAAUUAAAUAAUUAUAUAUUUAUAGCCAUCUGAUGAAUCUUAUCUCACCAAGACCAUGUUGACAUGACUACUGCUAUGCUACUCUUUCAAAAUGGCUACAUUUUCCAUUUACUGAAUGGCUCACCAAUCGUUCUCCACUUUGUCUGUCUUGGAACAUUACUGUGCUGUGCCAGUAUACUGUACACAUGUAAAAAAAAAAAAAAAAAUACAACCACGGAAAGUACUGAUGAACUAAUGCUUGGGUAUUUUGACUGUCUUUGUAAAAGAAUGUAUGUGAAUUACUUUCUAAUAACAGGUAGGAUGUGUCCCAAAUAGCCCCCUGUUCCCUUUUAUAGAGCACUAUUUUAACCAGUCUUAUGGUCCCUGGUCAAAAGUAGUGCACUAAAUAAGGAAUAGUGUGCCAUUUGGGACAUGCAUAGAGUUCAUGACUGCUCUGUUUAAAGGGUAUUGCUAAUGAAUGUCCAUGAGAGUACAGACUUGACUGAUGAGGCCGCUUCAUUUUAUUUUCUCACACCAGUUCUGCUUGCGUGGUUUUGCACCCUCCCACUUGCUUUGAAUUUUGUGGUAACCUUUCUUUCCGUUUACAUGUAUAUGUCCUUUGUAUGUUGUCAUGCCAGUGGUUAUACAUUUCAGGUGAGAUGUCAAAUCAGAUGAAAAAGAAAAUUGAUCUCAGUAAAUGUUGUUGGAUAGAUUUGAAGAGCAUGUCAAACAGUUUAGCUCUUAACCAGCUGUACAGCGUGCAUUGAUCCCUGCUAUGUUUGUAAAUUGUUUAAAAAAAUACUAUUUCUAAUAAAAUUUCCAAAAGUUCAUACCAGAA